CUGCUGGCGGGAAAAGUUCGGAAGUUUUCGCGCCGGGGCGGGGUCAUUCUGGGCCGCUGCCCGCGAUUCUGAAGGCGGCGAAAGCAUGGCAGGGACCGUGGUGCUGGACGAUGUGGAGCUGCGGGAAGCUCAAAGAGAUUACCUGGAUUUCUUGGAUGACGAGGAAGAUCAAGGAAUUUAUCAGAGCAAAGUUCGGGAACUGAUAAGUGACAACCAAUACCGACUGAUUGUCAAUGUGAAUGACCUGCGCAGAAAAAACGAGAAGAGAGCCAACCGCCUCCUGAACAAUGCCUUUGAGGAACUGGUUGCCUUCCAGAGGGCCUUAAAGGAUUUUGUGGCCUCCAUUGAUGCCACUUAUGCCAAGCAGUAUGAAGAGUUCUACAUAGGAUUGGAGGGAAGCUUUGGCUCCAAGCACGUCUCUCCACGAACUCUUACCUCAUGCUUCCUCAGUUGUGUGGUGUGUUUGGAAGGCAUUGUCACUAAAUGCUCUCUAGUUCGUCCCAAAGUUGUCCGCAGUGUCCACUACUGUCCUGCUACCAAGAAGACCAUAGAGCGACGUUACUCUGAUCUUACCACCCUUGUACCUUUUCCAUCCAGCUCUGUCUAUCCCACCAAGGAUGAAGAAAACAACCCUCUUGAAACAGAAUAUGGCCUUUCUGUCUACAAGGACCACCAAACCAUCACCAUCCAGGAGAUGCCAGAAAAGGCCCCAGCUGGUCAGCUUCCCCGCUCUGUGGAUGUCAUUCUGGAUGAUGACUUGGUGGAUAAAGUGAAGCCUGGUGACCGAGUCCAGGUGGUGGGAACAUACCGUUGUCUUCCUGGGAAGAAGGGAGGUUACACCUCAGGGACCUUCAGGACUGUCCUGAUUGCCUGUAAUGUGAAGCAAAUGAGCAAAGACAUUCAGCCUUCAUUCUCUGCUGAGGAUAUUGCCAAGAUCAAGAAGUUUAGUAAAACUCGUUCUAAGGAUAUCUUUGAUCAGUUGGCCAGGUCAUUGGCCCCCAGUAUCCAUGGGAAUGACUAUGUCAAAAAAGCCAUUCUCUGCUUGCUUUUGGGAGGGGUGGAACGAGACCUGGAGAAUGGCAGCCACAUCCGUGGGGAUAUCAAUAUUCUUCUAAUAGGAGAUCCAUCUGUUGCCAAGUCUCAGCUUCUACGGUAUGUGCUGUGCACUGCACCCCGGGCUAUCCCCACUACUGGCCGGGGCUCCUCUGGAGUGGGUCUUACAGCUGCCGUCACCACAGACCAGGAAACAGGGGAGCGCCGUCUGGAAGCAGGGGCCAUGGUCUUGGCUGAUCGAGGUGUGGUUUGCAUCGAUGAGUUUGACAAAAUGUCUGACAUGGACCGCACAGCCAUCCACGAAGUGAUGGAGCAGGGCCGAGUUACCAUUGCUAAAGCUGGUAUCCAUGCUCGACUGAAUGCCCGCUGCAGUGUUUUGGCAGCUGCCAACCCUGUCUACGGCAGGUAUGACCAAUACAAGACGCCUAUGGAGAACAUUGGGCUGCAGGACUCACUACUGUCCCGAUUUGACUUACUCUUCAUCAUGUUGGACCAGAUGGAUCCUGAACAGGAUCGGGAGAUCUCAGACCAUGUCCUUAGGAUGCACCGUUAUAGGGCACCUGGGGAGCAGGAUGGCGAUGCUAUGCCCUUGGGUAGUGCUGUGGAUAUCCUGGCCACAGAUGAUCCCAACUUUGACCAGGAAGAGCAGCAGGACACUCAGAUUUAUGAGAAGCACGAUAACCUUCUACAUGGAACCAAGAAGAAAAAAGAGAAGAUGGUGAGUGCAGCUUUCAUGAGGAAGUAUAUCCAUGUGGCCAAAAUCAUCAAACCCAUCCUAACACAGGAGUCAGCAGCCUACAUUGCGGAAGAAUAUUCACGCCUACGUAGCCAAGACAGCAUGAGCUCAGACACUGCCAGGACAUCUCCAGUUACAGCCCGGACACUGGAAACUCUGAUUCGAUUAUCCACUGCCCAUGCCAAGGCCCGCAUGAGCAAGACUGUGGACCUGCAGGAUGCAGAGGCAGCAGUAGAGUUAGUCCAGUAUGCUUAUUUCAAGAAGGUUCUGGAAAAGGAGAAAAAACGUAAGAAGAGAGAUGAAGAUGAAUCAGAGACAGAAGAUGAAGAAGAGAAAAGCCAGGAGGACCAAGAGCAUAUGAGGAAGAGAAGGAAGACUCGACGUUCACAUGCCAAGGAUGGGGAAUCUUAUGAUCCCUAUGACUUUAGUGACACAGAAGAGGAAAUGCCUCAAGUGCACACUCCAAAGACUGCUGAAUCCCAAGAGACUAAAGAGUCCCAGGAAUCCCAGGAGACGGUGGAGUCGCAGAAGGUGGAGUUGAGUGAAGCCAGGUUGAAGGCAUUCAAGGCGGCCCUUUUGGAGGUGUUCCGGGAAGCUCACGCGCAGUCUGUGGGUAUGAAUCGUGUCACAGAAACCAUCAACAAGGAUAAAGAAGAGCCCUUUUCUUCAGAGGAGAUCCAGGCUGCACUGAGCAAGAUGCAGGAUGAUAACCAGGUUAUGGUGUCUGAGGGCAUCAUCUUUCUCAUCUGAGGAAACCUCAUCUCUGAACUUUGGGUUCUGCCAAGAACAUUUCUCCCAUGUUUCCUUCCCCUUGCUUCACCCCCAUCCAAGCCUUUGUCUUCAUUUCCUGAAUAGCAGUGUUUGAUUGAACUGAAGUAUUGAGACAUGUGAAACAGUGGAAUCAGGACUUUGUGAAAGUUUGGGGAUGGGUAACAAAAAGUAUCUUGAGAUAAAAAAGAAGAAAGUGGGGAAGGACCAAGAUUGCUGCACGUAUACUCAUUGCAAGAAGCUGCUCAUCCCAGAACAAACCAAGCCAUUUCUUGACACAGCUGACUUUUGUUUAUCUUUUCUGUAUUUGUUGGCAGUUUCUUUUCUCCCAAGCACUUUGUUUUAGGACAGAUUUGGGGUGGAUGCAGGAGGAGGUUUUCUGUGCUAGUGGAGAGAAGCUUUGAAUCCAAGAAAGCUUUCUUUGCAGUGAUGUCAGUUCAGACGAAUAUAUCAUUUAGACCCAAAUAUCCAAGCUAUUGAAUAAUCCUAGCCUGUCUGUAUACUCUACACAUGACCUUCAUACUGUGUGCUUGUAGACACACUUAAUUUUGCUUUCCUUGAAAGCUCUGACCUGCAGAAUUUGCUGCUCUCAGAUUUUACAUCUAACCACCACGAGGUGGCAGCAGACUGCCAUGAUCGCUGGAGUUUUGGUCUUUGGUCAUUCUUCCUCAGUAACACCAGCAUUUAUCAGGUAAAAUUGUGUAAGCCCAUAAAAUAGUGCAACCAUGCUAAAUGUAAAUGACUAAAUGAGUGUAGGAUAGGACUUAAUGCAAGUCUGAGAGAAGAAUGGACCUCCUACUUGAAUUUUCUGUGUCCCUUUUCUAAGUCCAUUCAUGGACUGUAGAAAUACCUAACAUGGCAGACACCACAAACUUGUGUGUGAAUUUUGCCCAUCAAGACAUCGUCCACCUCCAUAGGAAUCUUAAGAAAUCACUUACAGUUGGAGUCUAGUUCUUAGGAUUUGAUAGUUCACAAAGAAGUUUGUAGAGGACACAGAAAAUAUUUCUCUUGUAUUAUAUGCUUUGAAUUGCUUCUGAAGAAUAUUUAGGAUUACUUCAAUAAAAGAAGAAACUAAA